CCGAAGAAGAGGGAAGGAGAAGCGUCUUCUUCGCUGGGUUUUCGGUCUCGUCCUCGCAGAUCGUUUUAGGCGCCAUCGUCGUCCUUUGUGAGUCCAGUGAGUUUUGAGAGGAACUGUUCUGUACCCUGCAGGAGUUUCAUCGAGGUCUUCGGAUACUUCUUUUUUUUAUCCGUAUUAUUCUUUCAAACGGGGGACGGUAAAAUAAUCUUGGGUAUUUUGUGCACAGCGUCCCUGCAGUCCCGAAGUCACAGCACAAUGAUCACCAGAAGAAGAGGUCGCUCCGUGAACACCUCUGAGGUGCAGUCUCUGGAGGUUGAGGUGGUAGAUACUGUGGAAACCGAUGAAGAUCUCCCAAGUCCGACUGAGAGUUUCCUGUCCGACGAUAUCGACACCACUGGAAUAGAGCUGGAGGACCUUUUUGGAAUAGAAGACUUGAAAUGGACACUUGAGAAAGAUGUUGCUUCUCCACUCUUCGAUAUUGAAUUGGCUGAUUUUGGGGUGUACAGUGCCAAGGAUCAAGACUCCGGGAUUGAAGCUUCGACAGGCUCCUCUCCGGACAGAACGCAAUCUGACGUGAAGCUCAAGAACAGACAAAACCAAUCGAGGAACGUGAUCAACAAAAAUGCCAUUGCUGCCAGAAUGAAUCGCCUGAGGAAGAAAGAAUACGUCGACAGCUUGGAGAAGAAAGUUGGGAUCAUGUCAACGGAAAACGCCGGGCUGAAACAGGAGAACAGUCAGCUGACCAAGAGGGUGGAGGAGUUGGAAGAUGAGACCAGGUACCUGAGGGCUGUGCUGGCCAAUGAGAGCAUGUUAGCCCAACUCUUGUCCAGGCUGAGUGGUGUGAACGGGAUGAAAUUAUCUUCCUCGCUUUUCCAGGGGCACGACUCCAACGACCACGACUACGCGUUACCCAGGAAGCGUGUGAAAGUGGAGGAGAAAGAGACAUCGGGUGGCGUGUGUCUGCACGUGGACAAGAACCACGUGUCGGUGGAGUUCUGCACCAAGUGUGCAGAGAGUGCAAGCACGUCGCUCAAAAUGUAGGGUCAAGUACUUGUCUCUGUUUUCAGAUAUUCAGACUGAACUGUACAGGCUGGAUGAACACUUAAUUAACCUGAGAACUGCAGAAUGUGCAUGUGUUGUUGUGAUAAUGUUUGAGUACACGUUACUGCUAAACCUUGUUGACAGUUUCUUCUAGGUAAUGGUUGAUCGACCAUGCGGGCUGAGCUGCUCUCUGAACACCUUUACCUGCCUGGCUCCAUGUGGAUUCUGCUGGUGGAAGGGGAAGAGGCUGGACAGCAGCUGCCAACACGGCCUGGUAUUUUUUUAAAGGUAGUAUCGGUAACAAAUGGUAUUCAUUAAUUAUCUUCCAUCAAUACUCCACAACACCUGUAGCUGUACAUCUACAGCUCUACUCUAAGAGGAUUUAUACUUCUGAUUAUGAACUGUUUCUAUCAACAAGCUGGCAUGUAUUUACCUGAUACAUUAAAAACAAUCUGCUUGAAAUGUUGACAGCCAGUUUUUGAGUGUAACAACAUGUAAAUGUGUAAAUAACUUUGAUUUCUCUGGUGGUAAAUGACCUCUGAGAAAUGUUGAACAAAUAAAUCUUAUUUUCAUUAUUAA